UAUAAAAACACAUCAACAGCGUCUGCGGGGAUGAUGGCGUUUCAAUGAACAGGGAGGAGAGGAGGGGGCGAGGAGGAGAGACGUGCGCCGUCAUCAGCAUCUGUCCGCCAGCUCCCUUUGUGUUCAUCGGAGAGUGUGAAUGGCGAAAGAUGACAUGGCAGAGGUAGAUUUGGCAUCAAACGGAGCGGAACCCCCAGGCGAGGCCCCCACAGCGGUCCCCUACGAGGAGUAUGAAUGCAAAAUCUGCUACAAUUAUUUCGACCUUGACCGCAGGGCUCCUAAGAUCCUAGAGUGCUUGCACACGUUCUGCGAGGAGUGCCUGAACACGCUUCACCUCCGGGAAGAACGGCCAUGGCGCAUCAGCUGCCCCGUCUGUCGCCACCGGACUCCGGUGCCAGAUUAUCGGAUACAGAACCUGCCCAACAACACCAAGGUGACGGAGGAUUUCCCCCUCUACAUAGACUCGGACCCUCUCCCUCAGGACGCUUUGCCUCCGUACCCUCCCCCCCUGCACCCGGCUCUCGUUGCGCUCCGCCGGGAGGAGGCGUCGGGGACGUCCAGCGCCAGCCAGGCGACUGCGUCCACCACCGUGUCCACAGUCACAACCCUCUCCCAGGACUCGGUGCGCUACGACAGCUGUCAGAGCUGCAAGAGAGUGGCGCUGACCACCGGCUGCGUGUGCGUGAUCUUCUCCUUCCUGUCCAUGCUGGUGUUGCUGUUUAUGGGCCUGAUCUUUGUGCACAGUCACAGCAUUCCUCCCUCGCCCGCGGGACCCAUUUGCUUGUCGGUAGCCAGCAUCCUGGCCAUGUUCUCGGUUGUCGUCACAUGGCUGAUCUGCUGGCUUAAAUACAGACCGGACCAUGAGACAGGCCGCUCAUCUGCUACCAGUAACUCCAGGAGAAACGCUUGAUAGGCUGCUGGCUGUGCUGACUAUUGAUGGAGAUGUUGUACUGUUGGGUUGUGUGGUUAUGUACAUAUACUGGCGACUGAUACUCCUGCUCCCUUUACUUUUUCUAGGAAUAAAUAUCGUCCUAAAUGGCCUUUUAUCAGUAUAGCAAACACCCAAAAGGCCUUCCUGUUGUUUGGAGCAAUAGGCCGACACCGAUAUGAUCCUUGAUAAUCUUUUUUCCUCAAGUUUAUUCAUUUGAAAUGGCAGUGGGCCCCAGCUGACUGGGCGUCCUGAUGAAUGAACUUGUCCAAGACUACUUGAUGUAGGGGUGAAGCUGUGGUUGGCUUUGAUGACUGAAUGUGAAGUGCUUAUUUCCCACCCUAUCCUGAUAAAUAUGCAUAUCCCUCACUCUGCCACUUACUGUAUGAUAACUGUCCAUGAUGAUUCACUCUUAUAUCUCAACAAAGCACUAUUGUAUUGUACAGAUGUUUGGCAAAUAUUCACUUCUGAGUUUUUAAGGUGAUGAGCCUCCAUUGCAAAUAAGUCGUGUCCACAAUCCAAACUGUAAAUAGUCCACAAGUACUAGAGAGAGCUGGUGAGUGGUACAGGUUAGGUGUGAUAAAGCUUGAAGUCCUUCUCCCUGUGCUUUAACUUGUCCUACAGGAUGGCACUGUUUCCUUCUGUCACAAUGAAAACUGCACCUCUUCCAGGUUUUUCUAUCUGGCAAAGCUCAUAGGGAUACAAAGUGAUAGCUUGUGAUUUUGACCCUGUGUUUGGCUACUUAUGCGCAUGUUAGGCUACUGAAAGGUCAA